AUGUGCAUCCAAGAAACGAGACUACACGCAAUCUGCAACCACCAGGUUGUGGACCGCAUCGAGUGCUCUGACAAGUGCGCACACUUCGACACCAUCGAGAUCCAACUCAGCACGUACUGCCAGUCCUGCCGCCAGCAGGUCGACAACACAGCCAUCCUGAACUCAGUACUGCGGUGGAAACUAGGCCCUUGCCCAGCCAGGCGCAGGAAGAUACGACCAGCUAAGACAAAUGUCCUCGACGGCUCCCCAGCGCCGGCUUCGGGCACGGCGAAGUCGUCGCCCCGGCCACCAAGGAAGCUGUCCGGCGCAAAGUCCCUGAGUGCCCUCAGGGAGGCCGCCUCCGCGCCGCCCACGAGGGAACUACCCCCUACUCCAAAGAGACUACACGGCUCGGCAUCCGUAGAAAACCUCAGGGUCUCGCUGGACAACCUGAGGCUCGCGUCUCCCGCGGACGACAAGACACCUGUGCCACGAUACUCGUUGGACGUGAAGCCAGCGCCUCCGACCCUCCCAUUGCGGCGGAGAGCAAGCGAGGCCUUCGAGUACGCUGCGGGAGGCAAUGGGCAGCCGGCGCUCGCCCGCGCUCACACCGUCCCGAAGAGCAAGGCCCGGCCUGCUGUCCCCCAGAGGCCCGCCCCUCGCACGCCCACCUACAGCUUCAGCCCUAGGGCAGAAGAACUCAAGUCCCCGAGGCCACAUUUGAAGCAAGUUUCGGAGGAACCAAGGCCCAUGUCCGCACUGGUGGCAAGGGACACCGACACCGACACCACAAUGAGUACUAGGCCCAGCAACGCCACGACCACAAGCACCAUGACCGCGGCCACCACAACCAGGCCCAGCACCAGCACAAGCACCAGCACAGUCGACACACGGAAGUCCGCCCUGGUGCAUCAGACUCCCUCAUACCCACCGCCACCGCCGCCACAGCAACAGCAACAGCAACAGCAAGUAACCCAGCAACCCCCAGCCGUGAGCUCCUCCGUGCCAAGGUCCCUCUGGUCCCUCCGGCGCAGCAGGUCGUCGGCGCGGAUCCUCGCCCUCGCCAGCACCCGGGAGUACGUGCACGCCAAGCUGUGCGGCAGCAGUGGCCUGCCGUCCCCCUCGGCGCCGGGCAAGAACCUCUUCCCCGCGCCGCAGCAGCAGAAGAAGAAGCCGAUCGACAUCCACGACCCGGAGUGGCUGGCUCGGCACGGCCUCAAGUGGGACGCGCGCGGGCUGGGGCUGGUCAGUGCCGCGGUGUGA